AUGUUAAUUAUAAGUAUCUAUUAUUUCAAUUAAAUUAGUGAUAAACAAAAAAAAUUUACAAUACUUUUAUUAAAUCAACGUCAAUUUAUUUAUCAUUAUUAGAGGACCUAAUUAAAAUAUUUCUUAAAAUUUCAGAUAAUAUCUUAACUUAAAAUUGUUAUUUGAUAUCUUAUACUUGGUUAAAAUAAAUACAUAUUUCUUUAUGUAAUUAAAUUAUUCUAAAAAUUUUAAAUUUCAUAAUUAUUUAUUAUAGAAUUUUUCAUAGAAUCAAUAAAAAAAAAUGAGAACUAAUAUAAAUAUUGGUUAAAAGAGAGACAGAUCUAACAUAUAGCCGAAUAACUUUGGAAAUAUAUUGAUAACGACAGAUAAAUCUUUCUAUUUUGCAGGUGAAAUUAUAUCUGGUAUUAUCAAAUAAAUAAUUAUGUAGGAAAUAUUUAUUUUAAAGUUACUUAAGAUGGAUUACCAGGAUGCAUUCUUUAUUUGGGUGUCAUAGGUAAAGAGAAAAAUGAAUGGUCCGAAACAACAUAUCAUACUGAAAGAGAAACUAAGACUGAUUAGAAUGGUAAUUAAUUAAUAACUGAAACAAAUACUAAUAAGACUGAGAAUUAUAAAGGAAAGACUUGUAUAUAUUAACAUAAAGUGGAAUUACACAAUUUUGAAAGUGAUAUAUAACCUUUAGGUGACUUUGUUUUUCCUUUUUAAUUUUAACUUAGUUCUAGUCUUCCUAGUUCAUAUUAUGAAGAAGAUAGAGCACAGAUAUCUUACAAAGUGAAGGCUCUUGUUCAAUAUAAAAAAUCUUAAAUACUAUUUAUUAAGCACAGUCAAAAACUCAUAAUUCAAGAAACUUUAAGAAAUUAUUAAAAAUCUCUGACUUAAGAACUUUAGGUAACCUCUUUGAAUUUCUGUUUCAUUAAAAAUGGAGUAUUGAAUUAUUUUUAUGUUUAGCCUUGUUAUGUCAAAUGUAGUAUUAAUAAAUUUCACUUUAUGCCAGGAGAAAAAGUAUAUUUGAGUUUAGAUAUCGAUAACUCUAGGUUUGAUAAACCAAUUAAUAAAUUAGCUAUAAAAUUAUACCAUAAAUUAGAAUUAUGUGAUAAUAAAGGCAACUAAACUUCUUAUACCUCAUUAGAAGGAAACUAUUAAAAUAAAGGAGUUGAAGCAAGGGGUAAGUACUCAAACAAUUGUUGGAUUGUUUUGAGCAAAGAUUUAUUACCAACAGCAAUAGGUAAAUUAAUUGAAUCACGUUACUGGUUAUAAAUUGAAGCCAUAAGUAUUAUAAUAUUUUAUUUCUAGCUGAUGAUUGUUGCUCUUGUUGUUGUAAUUUUUGUUAAAAUUGUGGCUAAGACUGUAGAAGUGAUUGUCCUUGUUGUUGCUGUCCUAGUAAUCCAAAAUAAUCUAACUUAAUUGCUUUCCCUAUUUAGAUUAUUAGGCCUGCCUUUGAAGGGAAUGGUUAAUUUUUAUAAGAACCUUCUGAUUAGAAACCCUAAGUAUUUUAAACCUAAAAAGUUUAUCUAACAAAUCUAAAUAAGUAAGAACAAAAUUAAAAUGUUGUAAAAUAUAAAAUUAAGUAGAUAUUGAGUAAUACAGGAUUAUAAAUUUAGCAAAUGCAGGAUUCUGUGAUGUCGGAAUGA